AUGGAAGUUUCAUGGGAAUCCACCGUCGCCGAUUCUAUCAACGCCAUUUAUCUUCUCUUUUCAGCUUACUUAGUCUUUGUAAUGCAGCUCGGGUUCGCCAUGCUCUGUGCGGGCUCUGUUCGGGCCAAGAAUGCCAUGAAUAUUAUGCUCACCAAUGUAGUUGAUGCCGUCGUGGGUAGCCUUUCUUACUAUCUAUUCGGGUUUGCUUUCGCAUUUGGCGAAGGCUCGAAUUCGAACCCAUUUAUUGGGACCCAAUACUUUGCUCUUAAAGAAAUUCCUUCGGAUUCUUAUGAUUACAGUUUCUUUCUUUACCAAUGGGCUUUCGCCAUAGCAGUUGCUGGGAUCACUAGUGGUUCCAUUGCUGAGCGUACACAAUUUAGUGCGUAUUUGGUAUUUUCCUUUUUUCUGUCGGGGUUCGUUUAUCCGAUUGUGGCCCAUUGGGUUUGGUCGUCUAGUGGAUGGCUCAGCCCGAACUCGAGUUCGCUCUUGUUUGGAUCGGGUGCUAUCGACUUUGCAGGUAGUGGUGUGGUUCACUUGGUUGGUGCCAUUGCCGGACUUUGGGGUGCCUUCAUAGAGGGCCCGCGAGUAGGGCGGUUUGAUGCCUAUGGUAAGCCCGUGGCAAUGCGAGGGCAUAACGCGACGUUGGUCGUUUUAGGAACGUUCUUGUUAUGGUUUGGAUGGUUUGGGUUCAAUCCCGGGUCUUUCAACAAAAUUCUCGUCCCAUAUCCCAAUACGACUAAUCAAGGUAACUGGACUGCAGUAGGUCGGACUGCAGUAACAACCACGUUAGCUGGUUCCACUGCCGGAAUUGUCACUCUCUUCGGUCGAAGGUUGCUUGUCGGCCACUGGGAUGCUCUUGACGUAUGCAAUGGGCUACUAGGCGGAUUCGUGGCCAUCACUUCGGGUUGCGCAGUCGUAGAACCAUGGGCCGCAAUAGUAUGCGGAUUCGUUGCAGCUUGGGUUCUUAUUGGCCUCAAUGUAUUAGCACUAAAGUUCAAAUAUGAUGACCCACUAGAAGCAGCCCAAUUACAUGGUGGAUGUGGAGCUUGGGGCCUAAUCUUUACAGGAUUGUUUGCCAAAGAGGAAUUUCUGAUCCAAGCAUAUGAUUCCGGCCUAGAUGGGGUCCACAGAUCUUAUGGGCUUCUAUUGGGUGGUGGAUGGGGUUUGUUUGGGGCCCAAUUAGUUGAACUUUUGGUUAUAUUGUGCUGGGUCAGUAUUACUAUGGGCCCUUUGUUUUACGUACUUCAUUGGCUUAGAGUUUUGAGAAUAUCCCCAGAUGAAGAACUAACUGGGCUUGAUAUAUCAAGCCAUGGGGGUUAUGCCUAUAAUACCCAUGAAGAAGAAACUGGGCCUCGAUUUUACGGUGAAUAUAUGAGGAUGCAAAUUAAUUCAUGA